AAUAGGGGCAUAUAGGGGUUAUGUUCGUGUUAGUAAUCCCGUAAGUGCAUUACAUUUUGUACAAAGCUGUAAAGUGCCUGUAAAUGUGUGUAACCUCUUCUCCCACACUUUACAGUAGAAUAGAGUACUUUUGUCUUUUAGGGCAGACGUAGAUGUGUGCGUCGUGUAAAGUGUAUAUGUGCGGUCGAGCCGCGGAGAAAGAAAGGAGAGAAUCGCGUAUUAUAAUCGCAUUUCUACUUUUGGCUUUGUAAAUCGCGGUCCGUGGUUCAGUGACCGCGAGGUGAGUGAAAAUGUGACUAGAAAUGUUGGUCGGAAUCACGGAACUGAGUGACUUUUUUGGGAUUCGGCGGCUCUAGAUUGAAGGACGGGACGCGAGAGCUUGGUGUCUGUCCAAGGAGGUUUUUUGGCACAAGACCUCGUCUCGAGAAAAAAUGGACAUACAAGGAGGAAUGGCGCGCAACCCUGGUCCUGGACUCUAUGAGUUUCUCAUGGAAGCCGAACUUCAACAGUAUUAUCCAGGCAUUCGAGGUGACCUGAAGGUGCAGAGCACCGCUCAGCUCAAAUAUGUCACCGAGGAUGACCUGAAUGCCAUUGGGAUGAGUAAACCAGAAAUGCGUCGCUUAAAGAAGUAUUUCCAAAAGCACUUUCCCCAGAAUUAUUUAUCGAAGUUCAAGAAAAUGCUUCUGCCCAAACGAGAGGGACAAAUUCCUGGAUCGUUGGGUAUGCUCCCAGAAGAAAAACAAGAUCGUCCACCGAUCCUAGAAGCUAUCGACGAUCCAAACUUCCAGAGGCUGGAACAACCUGAUUGUUGUCCGAAGGAGUAUUAUUCCCUAAUGCUACAAUGCUGGCAACAUGAACCAUCAAAGCGACCUAAAUUUACUGAGCUGAUCAAUCUAUUGCCAGAUUUAAAACCUGAACAAGUGCAGGCGGUACAAGAUAAUUCCGAGAAUGGACAACUGACUUACAGACAGGGGGAUGUUAUCACAGUUUUGGACAAGGGGAGCAGCAAUACUUUGUGGAAGGGAGCUCUGAAUAAUGGAAAGACAGGAUUUUUUAAUCCCGCGCAUACGAUAGCCUAUCUUGGUUCUAAUUUGCCGAGUAACAAACCGGCAGAGUUUACGAGAGGAGAUGGAAAGAAUGUGUUUUCGAGUCAGAGAAGAAAAAUCAGGACGGAUAUGAUUUCCUCGCCACAGGGAGAUUUGAAACACACAGGUCAUGUGGGAUUGGAUGGAAUUUAUUUUGGAGAUAUUAGUUUUUUGGGAAAGUAUCCGAAUUUGCCGCGGCAGGUUGUGACUCCGUAUAAACCGCAGGAAGAUGCGACGGACAAUUCUAGUCAACUUUUGAGUCAGGAGGGAAGAAUGGAUUCGAACAGAGAGUCUGCUAGAGAUAGUAGAACUCAACAUCCUCACCAGGACAACCAAAGUAAACACGAGAGCUUAUGGUCCGAUGCGAGUUCCGAAAUAUCGCAUUUAGGAAUGAUGGGGAAUGCUUCAAAGCAAACUACUAUGGCUUCGAGCGUGGCUGGAAGUACGGAUACAGUUGGUGCAGAUCACGAAUAUCACGAAAUCAGUGACGAGGAAAACCAAGAUAGUCCAUUGAGAUUCGACAAGCCACUGAGCUUUGAUUUUGGGCCCAGUCUCCUCGAUGAAAUGGAUCAAAUGUUCAGAUCUUUAGGGUCUUCACCACCUCCACCGCUUCCGGGACAUCCACCAACGGAGCACGAAUCGAGCAACGCUCGAAACGAACUUCGAGAAAUACAAGCAAAACAAAACAGCAAAAAGAAGCAAGCCACCGUGAAGCCUAUCUCAGCAGCAGAUCAGAAAACACUCUACUCGGCCAUUGCAAUGGCCCAGGAAUUGACGGCACGUUCCAUGACAGAUCUUGAGCAACCACAGGAAUCACCACGAACACCUGCCAGUCCCUCAAGACGUAGAAAGUUUUCUUUUAAGUUGCCACAUCAACACAGUCCCAAACCAGACAGACGACACUUUUCAGAGGAAGCUGCCAGAUUACCUGACUGCCAGGUAUUUUCUUUGCAAUCUCUGUCGUCCACAGUGUCUAGCAUAGAAUCUUUGGGUGCCCCUUCCACUUUAAAAUUACCUCUUUGGGACAAAGCAUCCGCCGAAUUUUGCUUCGCAAAAUCGAGAGAACUUUUAACCAAACCGAGUGCCUGGACUUCUUACAUGGACGUAGAAUUUGAUGAUCAUAUUCUUGACAAUAAAGCUACAAAACAGAGGUCGAUGAAGUGCACCGAGUUUCUUGAAAACGGGAAUCGGAAAAGCAUCGCAGCCUGCGAGUCCAUUGUGGAUAUGGAAACGAAGGGUUCGAAGCAAAAUGGCAAAGUACUAUUUGGAAUAGAGAAUUCCAACUUAGAUUUCCCUCGAGAGGCGAAGAGAGUGUCGACAAGUUAUGUCGAUCGUUAUUUCGAGCAGCCAAAGUAUUUGGACGAGGAUGACCCUGCGGAAUCUCCGGUUGAAAAAGUUUCUUAUCAAGACAACUUCGAAAAAAUCAACAACCUGGAACACUUGUUUUUCUCGAAUUUUCCAGAAUUUACUGCUUCAAAUUCUGUUGCGAAUAGUUCUGACAGAUUGAUUCCAAAUAAAAUGCCUAAUUUGGAUCAGAGGAGAUCCGAAAUUUCCAAGUUUGACCUUGAAGAGAAGAAUUUUGAGUCUCCCAGAAAUUGUUCAAUCAAAUUCGAUUCACCGAGGGACAAGAAUUUGGAUUUCGGAACGAGGCCUAAGGUAAUUGAUUCGACGAAAAUUAAUUCAGAGAUAAAGAAAUUUGAUCCUCCAAAUGCCAGGGCUGGUAAGGUUUCUUUUGGGCCUAGAACUCAGGAGAUGAAAGGAGAAAAAGGUGGUUUGAAAACUGCAAUUCCUGACAGUCCUCGAGGAAACCUAGAGGCAGUGAGAAUAAACAUUCAGAGCUUUAGAAUGAUCGAGCAGAAUCAAAAUGGACAUGACAAUUUUUCUUUUGUCAUGUCCAAUAACCCUUUAUUCGCAGCUGAGCCGGAGAAGAAGGAUUCUCCGAUUUAUAGUAGCUCGGAAAGUCUUAGAGUCAACUUUCAACGUCUGAGAAGAAAAUCCGACGUCGAGGCCAAUUCUCAAGUCGAAUUGAGCAGCAAGCUCUUUGCAGAAAAGUAUCAGCGAGAAGUCUCCGGAUUGGAGAGUGUAAAAAAUUAUCUGGAUUCGAAAAAAGGUCAGGUGUUGAAUCUGGGAAUGGGAAAAUUGACUCAAAAUAUGAUAAAAUUAGGCAAGAACAUUGAGCAAAAUUCGAAGCCGAUGGUGAGGAAUUUUGAGAUACCAACUCAGACGCAAACGCCAUUGCGAAAUCUGAAUAAACCAAUUCAGAAACCGAAACAUCUGGAUUUAAAUAUUCCUCUGCAAGGAAAAAAAGGUGGCAAAAAGCUAAACGUGAAUCAAAAUCCAGCCAGCAGUCCUGCAUUGCAUCAACAUAUUCUGGAACCGCCGAAAUUGUAUCAAAACGACAGUCGCAAAGAGUUGAAUAAAAGCGAUCUCUUCACUGAUCAAGGUCAAGGUAAUCUUAAUGUUUUUCGACCCAGAACCUGUUCGCUUUCAGAACACAGAAAGUCGCCACUGAGAACAGCGAGAAGAUCCUUUCAUCCGAAAAACGAUUCGAGUGACGAUUCUGAUUCAAUUUCUCAUUCCGAGACUGAUAUUAGAAGCAGACUGAGAUAUAAGCGGCGUCACAAACGAAUUCCUCACAAUUUCCGGCUGAAUUCGAAAAAUCGAGGUCAAUUCUUGCAUCCGGAUUCAGCGAGAGGAUUUUCUUCGGUAGAUAUUUGUGGCAAGUCACCACCACCCUCGACGAGUUUUUUAAAUUCUUUGUCACCGCCUUUCUCUUCGAGAAAUAAUUUGCUUUCGUGGCCCGAAAGCGCGCCUAGCUCAAGUUUGACAUUUACUAGUAACUCUGAUCUAGAUUCGGAUACGAGCUCGGAAUAUCCUGAGUUUACAAAUGAUGCUGCAUUGUCCGAUGAAGCCAAGGAAGCCUACAACAGCCUUGUUGGGACAACAGUCAUGGAAAGUACCACGGACACAAAUCCACUUCGAAUGUUGAGAUCUGGACUUCCCAUCGUCAGGCCAAGGAUCCGGGGCAACAAACAUGCUACCCUGGGUCACUCAGGAAUUUCCGGAUUUCAUCCCGACGAUAUGGGAAGCGAUCCGACUUUGCAGUUCGAUAUGCAUAGCAGUGGGUCAAAAACUUUGCCAAAACGAGUUCCACCACCUUCUCAGGCACCACCUCCAGUUCCUCUCACGAGGAACCUUGAGAGGCAUCACUCGAUGGAAAUCGAAAAUAAUCAGAAUCAAAAUAACGUCGAUGGAAAUCCUAUCCCUCUGCCACCCAGGGAUCGAUCCAAGACUCUUCAGCCUAAAUCCAGUUUACCGAGACAUCAGAGGAAACAUCCUCUCAUUAUUCCCGGCGGUGGAGUGACGAGAACUCUCGCAAAGAUGACAGAAACUACUCCUCCCCUGGAGGAUCAGGUCGAUGGACACCCGCCAUUUUUGAUCCAGGAGGGAUCUUCCAGUGUGGAGGGUUCUGGUUUUUCUGAAGAUGGUUACAUGCCUGACUUGGCUCCCAGCAGUCCUGAGGAGUUCGAGCGACGGAUUGACUCCGAAUUGGCCGCCCUGGAUUCUCUUCCAAUCGAUGACGCUAGAAUAAAUCGUUGCAGCGUCAUCUCUGAGGACCUCCUAGAAUUCUCAGACAAUCUAAUCGACGACUCUGACCCUGAAGAAUCGCAGCAGGGCACAUCCAUCAAUGAAACGAGACAAUCGCCAAUUGUCGACUUUCAUCGAAAAAUCAGUGUGGACUCGAAAACUUCAGCCUCGAAGUUUGCGUCGGAGAGCAUUGGCACGAGUGACUUUAGUAGAAAUUCAACUCCAACGGAAUUUGAUGAAUCUACCGGUUGCAUGAAAGCUGAAACUUCGAAUAUCAGUUCCUCCAACAGAUCUCUGGCUUCCUUAAUUAAAUGCAAUGUUCCUGGAACUCGAGAAAGUUUGACAUCCACCGUCUCGUUUUUUAAUGCCAAUCCUACUCCCAAAGUACAAUCACAGUCGCAGGCUAAAGAGUCCUUUUCAACGUCUAGUUCAGAAGACUUUCAAACCAAGUCGGGAAAAUAUCAGAGAAUAAAGGAGAGGACAGUGGCACGAAAUAGCGAUCUGUCGCGACAAUCGGAUCAUGUUUCGUGUGAAGAUCUUUUAGAUUUUGCCUACGAUCGCCCUAAUACUCUAAGAACUAGUGGUCCUCAGAAUGGAGAACAAUCAGAUGAGGUCAGAGUUAUGUUGAAAAUGUUGCGACAGUCGACCCCAGAAUCGUGUGUUGCUGCCUUGAAUGUCACAAACUGGAAUAUCCACGCUGCAAUUAAACUCGAACGUCUUCAGGGUUUAUUGAAGAAGGAAAAUAAUUUUGUUGGUCUUGAAGAUUGCAAAGUUAUGCUUAACCAGUGUGAUGGUGACAUCGUGAAAGCUGCAACGCUUCUUCGGAAUACGGAAGACACUGCGGCUGUUUAAUCGAAAACAUAUCUCGAUGAAAUUUUAAGUGAUUGAGAAUUACCGAUUUAAAAUAACGGACCUCACAGCCUUUCCUUUCCCGCCCCCUCCCCUCACAGAAUUUUAAAUAUCCUUAUUAGCUUCUUUUCAGUCGCGAAGGUAAUAUUUUUAGAAUAUUGAUGAAGACUUUGAUAUGUAGAAAAUUCAGGGUGGCCGCAGGACCGAGAAACCGGGAAAUGACAGGGAAUUUAUUUUUUGACCGGGAAUUCUAGAUUUUUUUAGA